ACUUUAGUUACGUUUUUUUUUCGACAUGCAGAAUCUUAAAAGCAUUGUAUUGUGCAUGCUGAUAUGCACCGAAACGACAUGGGCGGCAUUGGACCUUUCUCAAAUGAACUCCCUUCUCUCUGAAACCAUUGGCACUCAAAGUUUUUCAUCUGCCACUGCAAAUGUGCCAUCCAUAGCAAGGCCAACUGGAGGUCUGUUUCCCAGACUCAGAAAGAUCGGAACGUCAUUCAAACCUUCUAUACCCCAAAAAGACGCCAUCUCUCCUUCUACUGCCGAGGUAACGAACGCCAUCAGAGAGAUUCAGACUCUGGCUCAGAAAGAAGCAAAGAUUGACAGAGAGCUUUUUGAACAAAAGAUAGACACACCGAACCUGGACACUAAGGACUUCGGACCCCAUUUGCUGACCACCUCGCAGGCGUUAAACAUUGCCCAGCAAUCUGCGACCUUAAUUGGCAGCGUGGCCAGAACGAUCGAAAGUGUUCAGAAGAGAUUGAGACCUUCUAUAAAACGUAUUGGGUCUAUUGCUAACAAAGCGGUGUUAGAGCGAAUACCUUCUCUGCCGGGUUUAAAAAGACAGUUCAGACCAUUUUGCCCAUACAAUUUCAAACCAAAAUGUGACUCUACGGCCAAAUACAGAACAGCAGAUGGCACGUGCAACAACUUGAAAAACCCACUUUGGGGGAAAUCACAGACUCCAUUUGAGCGAUUUGUAUUUCCAUUUUAUGAAGAUGAUGUUCAGGAUCCAAGAAGUCGGGAUGUAAACGGCCAAACAUUGCCCGGACCGCGAGAAAUUAGUAUUGCUGUUCAUAAGAAAAGCACUAGCAGCCACGCCAUGGAUCUCUCACAAUUUGUCAUGGAAUUUGGACAAUUUGUCAGCCACGACACCCAAUUCAACGCCCUGUCUAAAGGUUACUUGAACUCCAAUUUGAAUUGCUGUGAGAGGAAAGCCAGAAACAGAUUGAAUUCUAACUGCCUUCCAAUUUCCUUACCAAAGAACGAUCCAUAUUUUGGGAAGUUCAAGAGGACUUGCAUGAAUUUCGUUAGAUCUCUACCAUCGGCAGCUUUAGAUUGCAAUGUCGGUCCUCGUCAACAAAUCAACCAGAAUACACACUUCCUGGACGGAUCAGCCAUCUACGGCUCCGACCAGAGCACGAUGAAUUCACUGAGGCUAAAAAAGAAUGGUCUACUAAAAUCGACAUCGGUUGAUGGAAAAGAGCUUUUAUCUCAAGAUACCAGCAACUCUGCGUCCUGUCGAUUACCACCGAACGACAGAAAAAUCAAGUGCUUCAAAGCAGGUGACAGGCGCGUUAACCAACAACCAGCCUUGAUUUCUCUCCAAACCAUUUGGCACCGGGAACACAACAGGAUCGCGAAGAACUUGAAAAGGGUCAAUCCAAACUGGAAUGACGAAACGUUAUUCCAAGAGUCACGAAAAAUCGUCGUCGCUCUCAUUCAACAUAUUACCUACCAUCAAUACUUGCAGGAAAUCCUAGGAAAUACAAUCAUGGACAAAUUUGACCUCAGGCCUAAAUCAUCUGGCUAUUUCACUUCGUAUAACGAUAAAUUUAAACCUAUGAUAAGAAAUUCCUUUUCUGCAGCGGCCUAUAGAUUUGGACAUAGUAUGAUUAACGACAAGAUGUCUUAUCACCCAACGAAAACUUUCUCCACCAACAUCAUGUCUGAUUUGCGAAACAUUGUGUUGAAACCGGACUGGAUAUACAGAAAAGAUGGUGGGGUAGGGGCGAUAACCAAGGGAUUAUACGAAACGAAUGCACAGAGUGUUGAUAUGAGGAAAUCAUACGAAAUCACAAGACACUUGUUCGAAUCAGGACCGGGCAAUGGAAUUGAUCUGGCAGCUAUAAACAUUCAGAGGGGACGUGAUCAUGGAAUACCCCCGUACAACUUCUGGAGAAUGGUGUGCGGCUUAGAACCAGCCUCAUCCUUCACCACGGGGUCGGGCGGGCUCGUGGACCACUCAGCGGAAGCUGUCAAUGCUUUGAAAAUCUACAAGAGCGUGGAUGACAUAGAUCUCUUCACUGGUGGCGUCUCAGAAAAACCACUUCCAGGUGCACGGGUUGGGCCGCUAUUUGCUUGCAUCAUUGGUCUGCAGUUUAAAGCACUCAAAUACGGAGACAGGUUUUAUUACGAAAACAACGUAAACAAUGUGAAAUUUACCCCAGGGCAGCUGGAGGAAAUACGUAACACGUUGAUGUCCAACGUCAUCUGCAGGAACACAGACAUUAAAAAAAUUCACAGGAAUGUUUUCGAAAAGAAGACUGUGAGCACACCCGAGUUUUCCUGCUCUAAAUUCAAAAACGACAUCGAUUUCACAAAAUGGAGUUCUUGUAUUCCAAGAAAUGGCGGCUGGUCGUCCUGGAGAUCAGCUGGAAGAUGUACAUUUCGCAGAACGUGCAACAACCCCACACCAAAUAAGUGUGGAAAACCAUGCAAUGGGAGACCACAUCGAUUUGAUAGGUCUUGUAAUGUAGAUCUAGGGAUGCAACCAAGGCGCGAGACUUUACAACCGUUCUUACAGAGAAUCACACCUCCAUCCAUAAGUCUGAUAAGGAAUCCGUUUAGGACGCUGGGCAGAUUUGCCAUUCCCUAAUGACCAUUUGCAGUGUGUGCAGUGUUUUAGAACAUGUCUUUCCUUCCCAAAUCCAGAACUAUAUACGCGACAUAAAUGUGUUGUAUAUUUUAUUUUGUAAAUAAAUCGUAUAAUACGGUAA